GAACCAAAUAUGGGAAUGAACAGACGUGCGCUGCAGGAAGCUGCAAAUUGUAUAAACGCAGGGGAUUCCAGAUCCCACUGGAAGUGGCGGGUCCUCUGGGAAACUUCUGGGUUAGACUUCUCCGAGAUGUCGACCUACAAGCGGGCCACGCUGGACGAGGAGGACCUGGUGGACUCGCUGUCGGAGGGCGAGGUGUACCCCAACGGCCUACAGGUGAACUUCCGCAGCCCCCGGAGUGGCCAGAGGUGCUGGGCUGCGCGGACCCCGGUGGAGAAGCGGCUGGUGGUGCUGGUGGCACUUCUGGCGGCAGGACUGGUGGCCUGCUUGGCGGCGCUGGGCGUUCAAUACCGGACAAGAACCCCCCCAGUGUGCCUAAGUGAAGCCUGCAUCUCAGUGACCAGCUCCAUCUUGAGUUCCAUGGACCCCACGGUGGACCCCUGCCAGGACUUCUUCACCUAUGCCUGUGGAGGCUGGAUCAAAGCCAACCCCGUACCUGAUGGCCACUCACGCUGGGGGACUUUCAGCAACCUCUGGGAGCACAACCAGGCCAUCAUCAAGCACCUCCUUGAAAACUCCACAGCCAGUGUGAGCGAGGCAGAAAGGAAGGCCCAGGUAUAUUACCACGCAUGUAUGAAUGAAACCAGGAUCGAGGAGCUCAAGGCCAAGCCCCUGAUGGAGCUAAUUGAGAAGCUAGGGGGCUGGAACAUCACAGGUCCCUGGGACAAAGACAACUUCCAGGACACUCUGCAGGUGGUCACCUCCCACUACCGCACCUCUCCCUUCUUCUCUGUCUACGUCAGUGCCGACUCCAAAAAUUCCAACAGCAACGUGAUCCAGGUGGACCAGUCUGGUCUGGGCUUACCUUCAAGGGACUAUUACCUGAACAAAACUGAAAAUGAGAAGGUGCUGACAGGAUACCUGAACUACAUGGUCCAACUGGGCAAGCUGCUGGGUGGAGGGGAUGAGGACGCCAUCCGGCCCCAGAUGCAGCAGAUCCUGGACUUUGAGACGGCACUGGCCAACAUCACCAUCCCCCAGGAGAAGCGCCGGGACGAGGAGCUCAUCUACCACAAAGUGACAGCUGCUGAGCUGCAGGCCUUGGCACCUGCCAUCGACUGGCUGCCCUUUCUCAAUACCAUCUUCUACCCUGUGGAGAUCAAUGAGUCUGAGCCUAUCGUUGUCUACGACAAGGAGUACCUAGGGCAGGUCUCCACCCUCAUCAACAACACUGACAAAUGCCUGCUAAACAACUACAUGAUCUGGAACCUGGUGCGGAAGACAAGUUCCUUCCUUGAUCAGCGCUUUCAGGAUGCCGAUGAGAAGUUCAUGGAAGUCAUGUAUGGGACCAAGAAGACCUGUCUUCCUCGGUGGAAGUUCUGCGUGAGCGACACAGAGAACAACUUGGGCUUCGCCCUGGGCCCCAUGUUUGUCAAAGCGACAUUUGCCGAGGACAGCAAGAGCAUAGCCAGCGAGAUAAUCCUAGAGAUCAAGAAGGCAUUCGAGGAAAGCCUGAGCACCCUGAAGUGGAUGGAUGAAGAGACUCGGAGAUCAGCCAAGGAAAAGGCAGACGCUAUCUACAACAUGAUAGGCUACCCCAACUUUAUCAUGGAUCCCAAGGAGCUCGACAAAGUGUUCAAUGAUUACACUGCAGUGCCCGACCUCUACUUCGAAAACGCCAUGCGGUUUUUUAACUUCUCCUGGAGGGUCACUGCCGACCAGCUCAGGAAAGCUCCCAACAGAGACCAGUGGAGCAUGACCCCCCCCAUGGUGAAUGCCUACUACUCGCCCACCAAGAAUGAGAUUGUGUUUCCUGCCGGGAUCCUGCAGGCGCCGUUCUAUACCCGCUCCUCACCCAAGGCCUUAAACUUUGGUGGCAUUGGUGUUGUCGUGGGCCAUGAGCUGACUCAUGCUUUUGAUGAUCAAGGACGAGAGUAUGACAAGGACGGGAACCUUCGGCCCUGGUGGAAGAACUCAUCCGUGGAGGCUUUCAAGCAGCAGACGGAGUGCAUGGUGGAGCAGUACGGCAACUACAGUGUGAACGGGGAGCCUGUGAACGGCCGGCACACGCUGGGGGAGAACAUCGCCGACAACGGGGGCCUCAAGGCGGCCUAUCGGGCCUACCAGAACUGGAUAAAGAAGAACGGGGCUGAGCAGACGUUGCCCACCCUGGGCCUCACCAAUAACCAGCUCUUCUUCCUGGGCUUUGCACAGGUCUGGUGCUCUGUCCGCACGCCUGAGAGCUCCCAUGAAGGCCUCAUCACCGAUCCUCACAGCCCCUCCCGCUUCCGGGUCAUUGGCUCCGUCUCUAACUCCAAGGAGUUCUCAGAACACUUCCACUGCCCCCCUGGCUCACCCAUGAACCCUCAUCACAAGUGUGAAGUCUGGUGAGGGUGGAAACACCUCGAGCCAAGACAGGAUGAGCCCCCCGGUGGGGCCCACAAAGCCGCCUUUCCAUCCAGCACCCGGGGUGUCGCCCCACACCCUGGCCACCCAGGGCCCCCCUACCCUGCACUGGAGGGUUUCCAGCCGGAACUGAGCCUAUGAUGUGGGUUCUCAACAUAAUCUGACGUUUGAUCCCCUGUGAAGACUCUGUCAUCCCAGGCACGUGUGCGUCAACUCUCACGGGCAUUUGGGGGUCAGACUGGUUGCCUACCAGGCCCGGGCCCCCUACUGACAAGGGCAGUGGGACACAGCCCCCCGCCCACAUCCAGCGCCAGAAACACCACAAAUACCACUGUGUCAAAUGCUUUAAAGAUAUAUUUUUGGGGAAACUAUUUUUUAAACAUUGUGGAAUACACUGGAAAUCUUCAGGGAAAUGAUGCAUUUAAAACACUUUUUUUUUUUUUUUUUAAGGAAAGGAUUGGUAUAUUUAUUAUAUUCUGUUUUUCUACAUAACCUGUGGAUAAGGGAAGCCCCACUGGUUCUCCUGUCCCUUCCUCCCUCGCUGUGAGGUGGCCCGAGGACGUCCCCCCGCUGAGCACGUCCCCCAGGGGAGAGCUGCCCCGGCGCUUGGCCCUUGCCCUGGCAGCCGCUGUCUGGGGAAGAGCGGGGCGGGGGCGGCCCACAGGGGGCAGCUCGCGGACCCUGCCCCUCGGAGCCGGCCGCCUCUGUCCCCAGAGGCCGGCAGCGGGAACCCCACCAAGGACGGGCUGGUCCCCAAAGUCGCAGCAGGAAAUCGAUGGCUGUCGCAGGAGGCGGCCGGGUGGUGGCCUUCAAGCCCGGCCCCGGGGCCCUAGAGCGCUCCAGCUGCACGGCAGGAGCCCCGAGAGACCUGGUGGCCUCGCUGGCCUCCUCCUGGCCUCUCCCGCCCGGGGUCUGCCUUGCUGACCCCCCUCCCCCGGGAAGGAGGAAGGCGAACGCCACUGUCCUGUCCCGCAGCGCCCGGCCCGGCUCGAGCUGGGUCCCCGCCUGGGGGGCUCCCGGCCCGCGGCCGCCCCCCCUUCAGUGCCUUAUCUGAGGCCGCCCUUGCCUCCUCAGUGAAGCCUUCAGGCGUCCGCCCGCAGUGCCAGGCCACCGUGCAGGACCCCGCCCCGCCCCUGGGGUGCACUGAGACAAUCCUCGUAGUUAGAUGGACUCCCCGGUGGAGGGUUGCAGCCCGGAAGGCGCCGAGGGAAGGCCCCCCACGGCCCUGUCUAGCCCGUGGCCGCAGGCGCCUGUGAGUGAGGCCCCCGCUCCCUCAGGCACUCGCCCCGCUGCUGGCAGCCUCCGGGAUGGGCCUGAGGCGGGCUGGGCUCCAGGCGACCCGCCUCACAAGCAGCAGGCCUGGUAGCUCUUCAGAGGAGUGGGACGGGAGCCAGAGAAGUCUCUAGAGUCGGGCUGCCACGCGCACCUUGGCGCCCCGAGGUAGGCUUCCCGGGGCCCCUCCGUGUACCCCCCGCCGCCCUCCUCCGGGCCUUCCCCGCGAGGGCCGCGGGCCUCAGAGUGUCCCCGGCACCGUGGACCGCAAGUCCCCUGGCUGGAAGCAAGUGUCCCUGGCUGUGGCUCGGCCAGAGGGGCUGCGGACUGCAGUGAUGUCUUCAGGCGUCCUGAGAAAGCGGGGGGCUGGGGGCAGGGCUCGGGCCCAGGGAUGGGCCUGCUCCUCCAGAGCUUGAAGGCUGAGAGGCCCCUCCCGUCGGCCGGGAGCCCCAGGGCCGGCUUCUCGGUGCGCCUGGACGUGGGGUGUGGAGCUGGGAAUCUAUUUUUUGUAUUAUUAUGUUUUGUGCUACUGUAGUUUGGGUGUGGCACUAUCGUAACUCAAAUAAAGUCCUUGUACCGAG